CAUCCUUCCUUGGAAGAAGAAAAGAAAAAAACAUUAAAAAAACCCGGCUGGUUCGAAGUCCAAAUUCUUUAUGGAUGUAAAAUGUCCAGGUUGCUACAGGAUUACCACAGUUUUCAGCCAUGCUCAGACAGUGGUGCUUUGUGUUGGUUGUUCAACAGUGUUGUGCCAGCUGAUGGGAGGAAAGGCCAGACUCACAGGAGGGUGUUCGUGUAGAAGAAAGCACCACUAAUGAUCCACGCAACUUCCUGGAUUUGUGUUCUAUCACAGAAAGCCUUAUCUGUUUAGUAAUUCUAGUUAAUCUACCAAGAUGAUGUAAUUAUGUUUAAUUUUGU